AUGCAGUCGAACACAGUUGGUAAAAUAAUCGACAAGCAAAAAUUACAUAGUUCCGGUACAGUGUUUGAGGGAUUACACGAAUCUAAAUCAUCUAUGGAGAUUUUAGCAAGCGUUCCUUUAGACCUUGAAGUAUUCCUUGUAAUGCGAUGA